GAGGGAUAUAGCCAGGACUACACCCAAGCCUCUGUCUGUUCGCAGCGGCUUCUCUUCGUUGCCUGGACCAGAAGAAAGCCGGGACGUGACGGAGCCGGUGGGGCUUUGCUUGCUGGAGAUCACUAUAGCCACCGAUAAAAGCAGCUUCCUCGCAGGUUUUCGUCGUUUCAGAGACGACUGUGGUUUAACUUUACUCAGCGUACCUUUUCCCACCCUAUCACUAACAUGUCCUGGCAAAGCUACGUGGACAACCUGAUGGCUGAUGGCACCUGCCAGGACGCAGCCAUUGUUGGGUACACGGACGCCAAAUACGUCUGGGCAGCGUAUACCGGCGGUGUCUUUGCCAACCUGACGGCUGAAGAAAUCGACGUAUUAAUAGGAAAGGACCGCGAGGGAUUCUUCACCAACGGGCUGACCUUAGGCAGUAGAAAGUGCUCAGUAAUCAGAGACAGCAUCCCAGUAGACGGUGACUGGACAAUGGACAUGCGGACAAAGAGUCAAUCGGGGGAGCCAACAUACAAUAUUUGUUUAGGCAAAGCAGGCAAAGCAAUGGUUUUGGUCAUGGGGAAGGAAGGUGUCCAUGGAGGGCAGCUCAACAAGAAAGCUUUUCAGAUGGCUGAUUACCUGAGGAAGUCCGGAUACUAAAGCAACCUGUACCCAGCUAGCAGCUCACCCUUACCACCUUGUUGCAUUUCACACCACUUCCAGUCCUAGUGUUUUUUUUCUUUUUUUUUUUCCCCCUAUCCUACCUUUCCCUCCCCCUCAUUUAUUCCCUUUUUGUUGUCAUAUUUUCCCAGACCCUCCCCUCCUCCCUACACACCUGCUUUAUGUAAUCUAUCUUCUUUUUAAAACACUCUUAAGUUGAUCCAUAGCAAAGAUGAGCUUGUUGCUAAACAGGGUGUCAUGACAAAUCUGUUAACGAAGACCAGCAAAAACAUAAAUUCUGGCAGAAAACCUAGACCAUGAAAAGCUAUAGUGUCAAGUUUGUAGUAGAAAUUCCUUGCAUUUGUUUUUUAUGGUCCCUCUCACCUAAUCCUCCCAGGCGCAGUCGUACACACUCCCUCGUUGAGCAGCCUAUGCCUUUUUGGAGCGCUUGAGCUCUUAACAAAGCUCAUCACGUCUUCCUUUAUUUCCUCCAUUUCCAGGAGGGGAGACUCUGCAUAUCUCGGACCACUGUCGUCUCUGACAAACCCCGUGGACCCCUCUUGCCAAAUUAUUUUUUAGUUUUCCCUGACCUGCUAGCUAAAAUCUGACACUAUACUUCUCAAGAUUCUUUAAAUUACAYAAACACUACCCGUCUGUCCCACCUGAGUCACUGUACUGUCCUGAAACCAACUUGAUUAAAGGAGGGGGCUGUCUGUGAGGGGCCGGUUCAGUUAGCCAUCAUAAACCAGCUUUUGCUAGCGUUGGUGUCGCUCACAAGCUGACGGGCCGUCUCCUGGCAUUACAACCUCCCUUUCACUACAAAAACAAACAAUCCAUGGACAUUCCACAGUAACAAGGACUCAGACACUUGACACUGUUUAGUUUUGCCAUCUUCUGUAAUAUAUUUUUGUUUUUUUUCCUUUUUUUUGAAAGGCUGCCAUUUUUUGGACAGUAGAYAUCCCAGCAUAUAACCAUCUGGAGUGUGUUCAGUUAUUUUUUUUUAAUAGGACCAAGUGUAGUUGCAGCUCGGGUGUUUAUACAAGUGCUCUAAACCAUGUGAAGGAUCACCUUUUUUUUUUUUCUGACGAAGGAAAGCAGUAACAAGACUGUAAUGCUGCAGGCAAACUAUAAAGCUACAGGUCAGGUGAGGGUGGGAGAGGCCUGAAUCUAAUUCUUCUGUCUUUUUACUUGUAUUUGUACAAACCCCGUGCUGUGUUAACUACAUAACUGUGGAGUAAAUUGCCUUUUUCUUAUAGUUAGUUGAGCUCUGGGGUAUCACUCGGUCUGUCCACGCUCAGUACUGCUAACUGUAACGUCCAACUGAAUAAAAAAAAAAACAUAACUUUUAAAAGUAGAAAUGACACUCGAUGGGAGAUGGUAGUUGGAACAAAGAUGCUCAUGGUUGUCUUGUUGAAACUGCAGAACCUGUGUAUCCUGUGCCAUAAUGUAGAGAUCUGUAUGAUGGAUUUUACCCACUGUUGGCUAAGGAGUCAUUUCAUCUGCACUUUGUCUUUACUAGUUUUUGUAGCUUCAGCUCCACUGUUUAGGCCUUGUGGGAUAUGUGUACUCAUUUAAAACACUGUUUAAAGUCCUCUUUGCUGAUCUGUUCAUUUCCUUUCUUCAUCACUUUUUUUUCUUUUUUCUUACAUCUGGGAUACAGUCUUUAAUGCAUCUGAUGUCAUAUGCAUAAACCAAGAAAUGCCAUAAAUUGAUUUAUCACCUUGUUUACAAACAGAUCAAAUAAAUUUAUUCCAACCAGACGAA